UCUGACGAGCGAAACCUCGAUGGCAGCAGCCAAUGGAGCUUUGUUCAGUCUGACUACACUACUCGUGAGGAGUCUCAGGUCCAGAAGAAGAUGCAAGGACUCACCUAUGAUUCUUACGGCAAAGAAUCGUACGGUGAAGUCCUAGGCAACACCAACAAAGGAUCCUCUUACUGGGUUUCUCCUGAAGGCCAGAAAUUCAUCUUGACGGGGGUUGCUGAUGAUGCCGGAUUCCAGCCCAAGGGUGACCAUUUGCCAGUCGCUCCCGUCCACGUCUACGAGCUCCCAGUUGCUCCUGUUCACGAAUACGAACUUCCAGUUGCCCCUGCUCUCCCUUAUGCGCGCACCGGACUCGGCUAUUAAGAUAUAAGUAUUUCAUUAGUGAUAUCUGUGUGGUCCGA